GAGAGUGAAGAGCCAAUGGCUGCCAUUUUAUGGAAUGUAGUGAUGAGUCGUGCUUCGUUUAGUGAACGAAAUUGAUACUUUAGUAGUUCUUAAAUUCUUUUAGAAUGACGCAGUUUUUGCCACCGAAUUUGUUAGCGUUGUUCGCGCCACGUGAUCCGGUUCCGUAUCUGCCACCGGCGAGCAAACUUCCGCAUGAGAAGAAAAACGGCGGAUACGUUGGCGUCGGAACCUUUCUCAAAUGUUUCGAGGAUCCUAAGGAUACACCACCACCAGUGCGUGUAGAGACUCGAGAGGAACGUCUGGAGCGUAGAAGAAGAGAACGUGCAGAGCAAGUUGCAUAUAAGCUCGAACAAGAAAUUGCAGUGUGGGAUCCAGCUGGCAUUGCCAAUGUCACAGCAGAUCCCUUCAAGACUCUUUUUGUAGCUCGAAUCAAUUAUGAUACAUCGGAAUCCAAAUUGAGAAGAGAAUUUGAGGUAUAUGGACCAGUAAAAAAGAUUGUAGUAAUACAUAAUACAAUUAAUGGCAAACCUAGAGGAUAUGCAUUCAUUGAGUAUGAGCACGAAAGAGAUAUGCACUCGUGGUGGCCGCUGCCGGCAACUAGUGCCGUUCACUAUUCCAUGCAAUCCCUGAACCUGCCUGAUAUGAUAGCUGCGUAUAAGCAUGCGGAUGGUAAGAAAAUAGAUGGUCGCAGAGUAUUGGUCGAUGUCGAGCGUGCGAGAACGGUAAAAGGUUGGUUGCCCCGAAAACUCGGCGGCGGCCUAGGUGGCACUCGUAGGGGUGGCCCCGAUGUCAACAUCAAACAUUCGGGACGAGAGGAUAAUGAGAGGGAAAGGGAACGAUAUCGUUUGGAACGUGAGAGGGAGACUUCAGGACGCGGCCUCGACAGAGACAGAGAUCGCGAUCGUCUGGAUAGGGAACGUCGCAGAUCACGUGAUCGCAAGCGAAGAACCAGAAGCAGAUCGCGUGAUCGUAAGCGUAGGCGAAGUCGCGACCGAUUGCCGGAUCCUGAUAUUGAAGAGAUUGAACGACCGCGCGAUGGGAGAGAUAGGAGAGAUCGUGAUCGUGAUCGCGAUCGGGAUCGCAAAAGACGCCGCUCGCGAAGUAACGAUCGCGAUCGCGAUAGGGAUCGUAAGCGAGACAAGCGAGACAGAGAUCGCGAUCGUAGGGACAGGAAGGAUCGUGGCGAUCGUCAGGAUGAGGACACGAAAGAGAUCCGAAUUAAGGAAGAACCUUUGGAUGAUUAUCCAGAUUACAGCAACACUUUUGCGACGUCGGGCUCAUACUUCACCACUGUCAAGUAUGAAGAUGAUAAUGAUCAGGAGGUAGAGGAGAAAUAUCGUAUUCCGGAGGGUCGACCCGACCCACCUCCGUACAACAAUUAUGAUUCCGUACAAGAUUAUUGAUCUCAAAUAAUACAUGUUUUCAUCGUGUCCCUUUUUUCACAGUAA